AUGACCAUCAAAGAUGAUUUCCCGCAUGCAGGACUGAUCAUUGAGAAGACAUUUUGGAAGACUAUCUAUGAUAAUAAGCAAGUAGCAAAGAUCAAAGCUAAGUUUAAUGUGGAACUUAAAAAAUCAGAUAUUGAUCAAGGCAAAGUUAAUGUCACAGCUCUCUACAAAAAAGAUGAAGGAAAUGCCUCCAUGGAGAGCCACGCCCUCAGAGCACUUCUCUGUCUACACCAGAGGUUUGUUUCAUCCCCCAAGAGUUCAUUCCAGUUCCAUGGUGCCACUGGGUUCAGUGGCACAAUCAUUUCUCAAUCAGAGGGGGCCUCCAAUGAGCCUGUGUUGAAUGGCCAAUCAGCAAACAGGAAGCACAACAUUGACCCACCAACUGACAGUGGGAAAAGAGCAGGUGACCAAAGUGAUGAAAGGUGUCCUAUAUGUUUGGAUAAAUUCAAAAACAAGAGACAGCUCAACUGUAAACAUGAAUUUUGUAAAGACUGUCUGAAACAAGCGGAGAAGGCGAAUGGGCCCAUCUGUCCUAUAUGCAGAGUUGUCUUUGGUAAGAUAGUCGGAGACCAACCAGAUGGAAGAAUGUCACACCAGAUACUCACAUUUCCCCUCCCUGGAUACUUCGACUGUGGCACCAUAAAGAUCAGCUAUGAGAUUUCAAGUGGAACACAGACGGCAAAACAUCCCAAUCCUGGACAGCACUAUUAUGGUAUUAGUAGAACAGCAUAUCUUCCAAACAACAAAGAGGGCAAUGAAGUGCUGCGACUGCUGAAAAAAGCGUUUGACCAGAGGCUCAUUUUUACUGUUGGGACAUCCAGAACAACUGGAAUGGACGGCCAGGUGACCUGGAAUGACAUUCACCACAAAACAUCCACAUCUGGAGGACCAGAUUGCUUUGGGUAUCCUGACCCUGAGUACCUGAGCAGAGUCAAAGAAGAGUUAAAGGCCAAAGGCAUUGAGUGACGUUCUUAAUACAAAGUGCAGCUGGAUUA